AUGGAACGCAGCAGCCGUUCCCCCCGCGAGCCUUCACCCACUCGGAGUCAGCUCGGUCGCAGCCGCCUCGAGACUAUUCGGGUCAUGUACGAGGACGAGAUGUCCAACGCCGACGCCCUCCUACCCACCGAGCUCCGUUCCCUGAGGGGGCGAGUUCACAAGGCCACAGGAGCCGACGAACCGCGUUACGCCAUCAAAUACGAUCUCACCAAGCCUGUCUUCGACACCGUCGCGAAGAUGCAGCUGGUGCUCACCUCUCUCGCCGCGUACCUGCCCAAACGCACCCACACGUACCAGAUCGACCCGAAGGACGCCUUCAGCAGGAUCCUCUUGCACGCCGCCUCUCUUCAGGAGCUGCAACUUGCUUGGGUAGGCCUAACAGGGCGACUAAUGGGCGCCGAACGAGUGUACGAGAAGUACUUUGCAGAAGCGCUAAGAGCGAACGGCGUGAAUGACGCGGAGUUACACUCGCAACCGACCACUACUCCGUCGACCGUCUACCGGAAGAUAGAAGAGGAAGAGGAGCCCCACCGACGGCUGCGGCUAGCCCUAGGGGGGCUACCCAACGCCCGGGCUGAAGCGGAUGGGCCCCGUGCAGGAAGAGCAGUCGAGCAAUUCCUGGACGCAGACGUCCGGGAAAUGACUCGAGUGCCGACGCCCAUCGCACGGGCCUUUCCCCCCAGGGAAGCGGAGCCGAAUCCGGCUCUCGUCUACUACGACGAGCUCGAUCGACGACGCGCGAUUCCGCCAAAGACCACCUACAAGAAUCCGUUGGGGUACUCGCCAGGGGAGUUGCCAAGGGAGCGCACCGAAUCAUGGAGGCGAGGCAUUGAGCAGACCCCGCCUACGCCUCCGCAACCGCCGCCUCAGCCUCCAGCGCCUCCUCCUAAGCCCCCUUCGGCGAGAGGAGGCCAUCCGUCACACUCGUCCUCCUCCUCCUCUAGCUCGUCCAGUCGCGCGCCAUCUGAUCCGUCGUCCUCGUCAUCGAGCUCGACAUCCAGCCCCUCCUCGAGGUCUUCCGAGCGCCGACACCGACGACGCAGAGGGCGGCUAUCGACGUUUCAAGAGAUGCACCUGCAACCGAUCGAGGAAGAAGAUCCCCCUCCGGAUCCUUCGGAUGACUUCUCGGACGCAGGGAGCCGGCAAAGGAGGAAGAAGCGCGCUAAGGACAAAGGAGAUAAGAAGAAGAAGGACGGAGGAGGAGGAGGGAGCGACCCUCCCGGGGAUGGGACGGGCCCUGCUAACGCAACGAGAGCGCCCGUGCCCGGCAUCAACCCCGUCAUCAAGCCCGAGAGCUUACCCUCCUGGGACGGAAACCGGAACACGGCGAUGGUGUACUUCUGGAACGUCGUCGAGCUCGCGCGACAGGGAGGAAGGAUGCCUCAGGCAUUGGGUGACGAGUCACGCAAGGACUACAUGCGAGAAGGUCACAGCAACUACAUCUCGUCUAUACGCCGGCACUAUCUGGGGCCAGCUUGGAUGAGCGCGCUCUCCUCCGAGUUCCGUAUGCAACACUUCCGCGACCCAAAGAACCCGAGAGAGUCGCCUCAGGACUUCAUCCACCGAAGGAUCAUGUACUGCCGAUCGUUAGGCUACUCGACGGAGGAUUCGCGGCAGGAAGCCAAGUUGAUCAUGGACCUUCAGGCGCGCGUCAUCGAACACUCCGAGGACCUGGUGCUGGCGUACGUGCGCGACAAGAGGCUGGAGAACACCGCCGAGAGGCCGCAGACGCGCGCCUCCUGGCGUACCUCCGCGGGAGCCGUCAAGACCACACCGCAAGCUUACGAUGUGGAGGUGGAGGAGAUGGAAGGCGAGGAACUGCCCGUCUCGGGAGAGGGCGCGGAGCCGGAGGGAUUGGAUCGCGAUUUGUUCGCCGUCGCCUACGCGGUAGCGGCCAAGAGAGCGGCGGCCAACACAUCGUACCCCUUCCCGGCUAGGAACGACGUCCACUCCAAAGGCAAGAAGCCUCCUCCAGGACCUUGCUUCGCCUGCGGCAGCCCUCACCACUGGAACAAAGACUGUCCGCACUGGGACGAGUUCGAGAAGCGGCGUAGGGAAGCCGGAAUGUUAGUAGAAUCCGCCGCCGACUUGGCCUACGACACCGCGUACGUCCUCGCAGUGGAGCAGGGUGGUCCCGAGGCGACGAAGGAGGAGGUGCUAUUGUUGGAGGUCUCGCCAUUUGUAUCAAGGGUAGAGGAAAUUGCAGAUGAUUAUUGGCAUAGAGGGGAAUGUCUUCCAGUCGACUCUGUUUACAGUCUGGAGGCUGUGUAUGAAGAGGGCGAGGGCGUUGACGGACUGGAGGGACGGGGAGUGCGAGAGGAGAUCAACCUCGUGCUCACGGAGGAGGAGCCUCGCCUCGACGAGGCGCUGGCCGCCCUCAAGCCGUAUGACCCCGGCAAGAUUCGACUGGUACCGAGGAGGGGGGCUUUGAGGUUGCCGGACGGAAACACGUCCGUUCUGAGCGUGAGGGGCCGAGUCAGCUCCUCGCUCGACAUCGAAAUCGACUUGAGGAUCGACUCUUGCGCCAGCGUCACGCUGGUCUCUCUGGGUCACUACCGCCGGCUGAUAAGUCCGCCCCCGAUCCGUACGGACGAGGGCUCGCGCUUGAUGCAGCUUACGAAGAGGGACGCACCAGUCCGGGGGAAGGUGCGGCUGUCGUUCCAGAUUUUCUGCGACGAUGGCACGACACUCGAGAUGGAAUGCGAGGUGCAAAUUGUUGAAGGCAUGACCGUACCCGUCCUCCUAGGGGAGGACUUUCAGCAGGCCUACGAGCUGUCCGUACGACGAGCCCUGGAAUCCGACGGAACUAGCUCGACGACCAUCGAGUUCGGCGGGGCGCCCGAGCAUCCUAUUUCGGCCACCCCGGUGCGACGCAGCCCAGAUUACGACCGGGUCGCUAAAUCGUUCAUUGGGGAGAUGCCUGCCGAGAAGAUAGCGCGAGGAAGUUUCGAGUCGCGCGCUAAGCAGAAGCUGAGGGAGAGGAAGAAAAAGGCUGACCUAAUGGACUCCCUCAUCCUCGCCGCUAAGGAGACGCGACUACCGCCACACACGUGCGUCAAAGUCGAAGUACUUGGUCCCUUCAAAUCUCCCGGGGAGUGGGUGGUAGAGAAGAUCUUGCUCUCGUCCGACGACGAUCGUUUCUUAGCGGUCCCUAAUACGCUCAUCUCAUCAGCCGCUCCCUUCGUGCCGCUAGCCAACCCUUCCGACUCUCCGCGCAUCAUUCGAAAGGGAGAAGUCCUCGGACGCGUAGUACCCGCGCAAGAGUAUUUCGACAAGCCCAAAUCGCAAGAAAAUCUCGACAAGAUGCGGAAGCACGCGAACUUGAUGGAGGAACUGUGCCGAGCCAGAAUGACAAGUCCGGGAACGACGGGCAAGGCUCAAGCACGCGCCCCGGACAAGGCUUGGAGGAUGCCUCACCCCCAGAACUACGGAGCGUGGGCGGCAGGACAAGAGCCCGCCCGUAGCCGCUUCCACAUGCCGGACGAGCAGGCGUAUAGCAGCUGGGUGGAACCGCUGAAGAAGCCACCGGACGACUCGAAGGAGGAAGCGGAGGACGAAUACUGUCAGGGGAUAUCCACGCCACCCACAAGCGCCCACAAGCGUGAUGUGGACUCAACUGGUUUGGUCUUGUUUGGUUGUGGACUGAUGGUGUUUGCAUGUGUUGACGCCCCCCAUCAGUCAUUACCUAUGACUCAUUCCUGGUGUGUUUCCCUUAUAUCUCCUACUUCCCUUCUCCUCCUCUCCCUCUGGUGACCUCCCCCUUUCCCUUUCUCUUAUUUAUUCCUUCCCCCUUCCUGGACAUUGCCAGUACUCUACCUGUCUCC